UAACGCUCAGUGAGGGACCCUAUCAUGUGGCACAAUUCAAAGAUAGCAGUCGCGAGUUUGAUCUGGGCAAAGAGAGUGAACUGAAGCAGUUGAGAAACGAAAUUGAAGUGAGAAUGCGCAAUUCGGUGGCUGAUGGCAAGACCGUUUCAAAUGAGGUGAUUGCACUCACUGUGAAAGGUCCAUCCCUGCCGCGUAUGGUACUGAUUGAUCUGCCCGGUAUUAUCUCCACAGUAACGGUUGAUAUGGCCAAGGAUACCAAGGAUGAUAUUGUGAAAAUCUGUAAGACCUAUAUGGAGAAUCCGAACGCGAUAAUUUUAUGCAUACAAGGUGAAUGUUUAGUGAGUUGA